AUGGCAGAUCAUCAACACCACCACUACCACCAGAUGAAGCUUCUUCUAACUGUAACAUUCCUUUAUCCCUAUCUUGUUUCUCUUGUUUAUAGUGCCACAGAUCCUGGAGAUUUAGCGAUUCUUAAUCAGUUUAGAAAAGGGUUGAAGAAUCACGAGCUUCUGGAAUGGCCCGUUAAUGGCGACGAUCCUUGUGGGCCACCACGUUGGCCUCACGUAUUCUGUUCUCAAACUAGGGUUUCGCAGAUUCAAGUUCAGGGUAUGAACUUGAAGGGUGUUUUGCCGAGUAAUUUGAAUCAAUUGUCAAUGCUUACGAAUUUAGGUCUUCAAAAGAAUCAGUUCACCGGAGAUUUACCUUCGUUAAAUGGGUUGUCGGAAUUGAGGUGGGCGUAUUUUGAUUAUAACCAAUUUGAUUCAAUUCCGUCGGAUUUCUUCCAUGGACUCGACAGUUUAGAGGUUUUAGCUUUGGAUAACAACCCUCUUAACGCCACCACCGGUUGGUCGAUUCCGAUUGAUCUUCAGAAUUCCGCCCAAUUACAGAAUCUUUCAUUGAUGAGUUGCAAUUUAGCCGGACCUUUGCCGGAAUUUCUCGGAGGUAUGCAGUCUCUUGGGGCUCUAAAACUGUCGAUGAAUCGAAUUUCCGGUGGAAUUCCGGCGACGUUCAACAAAUCGGGUGUAAGAAUCCUUUGGCUAAAUGGUCAAUCAGGAGUCGGAAUGAGUGGUUUCAUUGAUGUAAUCGGAACCAUGACUUCACUCACGAGCUUAUGGCUUCACGGGAAUCACUUUUCCGGCAAGAUUCCUGAUUCCAUCGGCGAUUUGACUGAACUCAAAGAAUUCAACGUAAACAGCAAUGAUCUUAUCGGAUUAAUCCCCGAUAGUUUAGCUUCUCUCACAUUGGAUAAAUUGGAUUUAAAUAAUAAUCACUUCAUGGGUCCUAUCCCCAAAUUCCAAGCUUCGAAUUUCACAUAUUCAUCGAACCAAUUUUGUCAACCGGAUCCCGGCGUUCCAUGUUCACCGGAAACCACCGCGCUUUUGAGCUUUUUGGACGGAUUAAAUUAUCCGGCGAGGCUUGUGUCAACGUGCCCUUCAAUUGCAAAUCUCGAUUCUCUCGCUCGAAUUGAUCUUGGGUCAAACAAUUUAACCGGCGUGAUUCCAUCAAAUUGGACGAAUUUGAAAUCGUUAACAUUAUUGGAUUUAAGCAACAAUGAUCUUUCCCUCCCUGUUCCGAAAUUCAAUCCAUCUAUGAAACUUGAUUUAACUGGAAACCCUUUGUUACAAUUGAAUCCGUCGAAAACCCCUUCUCCUAAAACCAGUCCAGUCGCCGGAGCUCCGGCGAAUAACCCCCAAUCUCCGCCUACAACAGGGAAAAAGACAAAUCCGAAAACUGGAGAUAAUAAUACUGUUGUUUCUGGUGAAGAUCCUGCUCCUCUGAGUGCUAAACGUUCUAAGAACUCCAACAUCGUCCCCAUUGUUGCUCCAGUUGCAGGUUUUUUAAGUUUAAUCCUUCUAAUCAUCCCUAUUUCCAUCUAUUUAUGUAAAGCGAAAAAAGUAAACUCGCAUCAACCACCAACCUCCCUCGUUGUUCAUCCACGCGACCCAUCUGAUUCCGACAACACAGUCAAAAUCGCCAUCACCAACGACUCAAACACAAGCAUCGGAAGUGGUUCCGGGAGCGGAAACACUGAAUCUCACGUAAUCGAAUCCGGAAACCUAAUCAUCUCCGUUCAAGUUCUCAAAAACGUAACCAAAAACUUCUCCCAUGAAAACGAACUAGGUCGCGGUGGAUUUGGGGUCGUUUACAAGGGUCAAUUACACGAUGGAACAAAAAUUGCAGUAAAAAGAAUGGAAGCAGGAGUCAUAAGCAACAAAGCAUUGGAUGAAUUUCAAGCAGAAAUCGCUGUUCUUUCCAAAGUUCGUCAUCGACAUCUGGUGUCACUUUUAGGGUAUUCCGCUGAAGGGUCUGAGAGAAUACUUGUGUAUGAGUUUAUGCCUCAAGGGGCUUUGAGUCGCCAUUUGUUUCACUGGAAAACCUUUGAAUUAGAACCUCUUUCAUGGAAGAGACGACUGAAUAUUGCGUUGGAUGUUGCUAGAGGAAUGGAGUAUCUUCAUACUUUGGCUCAUCAGAGUUUCAUACAUCGGGAUCUGAAAUCUUCGAAUAUUUUAUUGGGUGAUGAUUUUCGAGCAAAAGUUUCAGAUUUUGGAUUGGUGAAAUUGGCGCCUGAUGGAGAGAAAUCGGUGAUUACUCGUCUUGCUGGAACAUUUGGAUAUCUUGCUCCUGAAUAUGCAGUGACAGGUAAAAUCACCACAAAAGCUGACGUUUUCAGCUACGGCGUCGUUUUGAUGGAGCUAUUAACCGGUCUAAUGGCACUAGACGAAGACCGACCGGAGGAAAGCCAGUAUUUAGCCGCCUGGUUCUGGUCCAUUCGCACCAACAAAGAAAAACUCAUGAACGCCGUCGACCCCUCUCUCAACGCAAACGACGAAACCUUCGAAACCAUCUCCAUCAUCGCCGAUCUCGCCGGACAUUGCACCGCCAGAGAACCCAGUCAGCGGCCGGACAUGGGCCACGCCGUCAAUGUCCUUUCCCCGCUGGUGGAGAAGUGGAAACCGGCGGAGAAUGAGGCGGAGGAGUACUGUGGGAUUGAUUAUAGUCUGCCGUUGACUCAAAUGGUCAAAGGGUGGCAGGAGGCUGAAGGGAAGGAUUAUAGUAGUUAUGUCGAUCUUGAUGAUAGUAAGAGUAGUAUUCCGGCGAGGCCUACUGGAUUUGCUGAUUCGUUUACUUCUGCUGAUGGAAGAUGAUGUGUUUGGGAAAAUGUAGAUAGAUUUUUAAUUUUUUUGAUGUUUGUUAUGUUUGAAAAUUGAAAGUAAAGUUGUAAUUUUGAAUAUUCAAUGGGGUUUUGGUUAUUGUGUUUUAUGUCAGGGUUCUUAGUUUCGGUUUUAGUGAUUGUGUUCAUAUGUUGCAUGGAAUUUGGAUGUGUUAUUAUGUUGUUUCAUAAAUCUUGGAAG